AUGGUGUUUGGAAUGGGAUUCGCCACCAACUCCGCAAAUAUACCCGCCCUGGUGGGGAAAGGAGAUUUGAUCAUCAGUGACGAGCUCAACCACACCUCCCUCAUUUUAGGAGCGAGACUUUCAGGAGCUAAAAUUAAAGUCUUCAAACAUAAUGGUAAAAUGAAUUUAACAACUUAUGUCUGGUGUAUAACAUUCGAUAAGAGUAUCAAGUAAAGCACCGUAAAUGGGUUGAUAAAGAGCUUUAGCAACGGCGACGGCAACGAGAACUGCGAAAAAGCGAGAGGUUUAGAUUAACAAAACAACAUCUCUGCGGCCGAGGAGGAUAACACCCUCCUCGAUCUACAUUUUUCUUCAGCAGAUAUUCAGCCUCAUUCAAUAAUUGUUUAUUAUUCAUUCAAAAUAAUUCCUAGUUUAAAAACAAGCUAAAACAUGCUUACUUCCAUCAAUGUUAAGUUCAUCUUUGAAAGUGCAUGUUUAGGAGAUAAAGGUUUGGUCUGUUCUGCAAAUGUUUUCCAAAUAGCAGAUGUCGUUGGUCGAGUUGUCUUCUUGCGGUUCUUGCUAUGUUUUUAGCCAAUAGUUCACCUAUUUCUUCCUCGUGAAACGAGUGAAAUGUUUCGCCACUUUAUAGGUAUUCACUACCAAAAACCCCAACCUCGUCCCCAGGUCUUCUCGGUUAACAGUUCAAUGAUCUGGCGAUUUUGCUGUACGAUUGAGGUCAUCAGUUCACAUAUCGCAAAAUUCUUCCAGAUUUGGUCGACAGUAACUGCUUAUGAUGAAUUAUACGUGGAAUUUUAGCCAAUCAGAAACGGAGAAAUAUUGUGAAUGAAUAAUAUCCCUAUUUUCCUGGGCUCGGUCCUAGUAGCACGCUUUAAAGCACUUGAAGCUGUAGCAUUUUCCCCGUUUUUUUUUUCACUGUUGAAUACCAUGUUUUCCGAUGUUUAACACCCGUAAACUGUACUCCCUCGCUUUACAAGUGUUCAACACCUGAAAAGUGCCGUGAGAGGGAGCGCUAUGUCCGCUGUAGCCUGUUCGCGCCUUUUGCAUUGUUUCCCACGCAUCCCCAUGGGGAGGGGGAGGAGCGUUGGGUCACGAGACAAAAACGGUUGCAAGGGAGGUUACCCAUUGCACAGGUUGAGCACAAGACUCAAUAGCUUAAGUCUGCUUUGCGUCCUGAUUGGUUCAAAGGGGAAGGUGCAACUUGAAAUGGAUGGCUUAAUAUUAAACAACCCUACUUCCCCGCGUUCAUUGUUCAGGCAACGUCGUUUUUUAUAUUUUCUUUGUCUUCAAUACUUUUCGCAGAUAUGAAAUGUUUAGAGAAGACCCUAAGGGAAGCUGUUGUCCAAGGACAACCAAGGACGCACAGAGCGUGGAAAAAGAUUUUAAUAAUUGUUGAAGGAGUUUAUAGGUAAGUCUAAAGGAAAGUUGCUUCGUCUGCCUCGAACCUAGGAUGUCUCUUUCACCAUGUGUAAUUGGAGAUAUGUCCAGGUUUACUCUGUUUCGGAAUUUACAAAAAUCACAAAAUUUUGCUAGACUGUUACGAAAAUUGCGAAAAUAACGAAAUUUUGUAAGGCCGUUGACGAAAAGUGACGAGGAAAUGUAAAUAAGGCAAAUAAGGCCCUUGACGAAACAGGUGUGAAAUUAACCCAAGAGGGACAGUCCCUACCGUUACUGCCCUACCUUUGAAGUUCCUGCCCCCUUUCUCUGUCAUUUGGCUCGUUUCGUGCAAUUUCUUAAGGCACCUGUGGAGGAGUCUGGUGCUGCAAAAUGUUGGCAAUUUCAACAAUUUCAACACUAGUCACUGGAAUCUAACCCCUGUUGUCUUUUGCGUGAAGCUUUUCACAGGGAAACCAAAUUUUGCACAGCUACCUCGACCGCUGAUCCAAAAAGUCUUGCAUUGCUAAGAUAUUCUGAAUAAUGAGAACCAAUUCAUAUUGAUAAGAUGAUAAUAGAAUCGCACCAUGUAAGAUAAGCCAAGAGGGUCUUGGAUUAUGGAUUUCACGCUAUGGAUUCAGGAUUCCAGGUAAAGUCGACUCUCGAUAAUUCGAACCUUCAAGGGAAAUAAAAAAAGUUCGAGUUAUCAAGAGCAAAAUUAUAUAGAAAAAGAUCUAGAGGGUUCGAGUUAUCAGUUUUGUCAGUGGAACGUGGUCUCGAGAUUCCAACUGUUAGCGGAUUGCGGAUUGCGGAUUCCUUGAGCUGAAUUCCGGAUUACAAAGCCACAUUUCCUUACAUGAGGCCAAAAGAAAAUCAUAAAAUGUAUCCUCUUACACACGUCAUGUGGGAAACACUGCAAGUUUUGGCUUCCGGGGGUGCAAAUUUACACCCAAAGUUACAUCUUCAUUUUAUUUUAUUUUUUUAAGCAUGGAAGGUUCAUUAGCCAAGCUCCCAGAAGUUGUUGCCCUUAAAAAGAAAUACAAAGCGUAUCUUUACUUGGACGAGGCCCACAGUAUUGGUGCCAUGGGUCCUCGUGGAAGAGGCGUGACUGAUUACUUUGGAGUUGAUCCUAAUGAUGUCGACAUCAUGAUGGGUACAUUUACUAAGAGUUUUGGUGCAGCAGGGGGGUACAUUGCGGCGUCUGAGGUAAGAGCCUUGGUGGCCCUGCGUAAUGUUGGCUUCUCUAUAAUGUAACAAAAACAAUCUUGUAAACCGGGGGCGGAUCCAGAAAGUUCAGAAAGGGGCGGCCGGGACAUAUGGCAUUUAUGUAGAGACUAUUUAUAUAUAGAUACAAUUUUAUUUUUACCGACAAUUCUCUAAAAAAAAAUACAACAUUUCACAGAAAAAUGUUUAGCCGCGGUCCACUCUCGGUCGACCUCUAAAUCCGUUUGUGGUGAAUGGUUUUAACCCAGGAGUCGUGUCAUAAGUAGCUGAAAUAUGAUCGUCUUGGCGAGUAUUGUCCUGAAUAUGACUAUUGGUAGACGUGGCUCACGUUUUGAGAGCCUAUGUGAAAGUCAUUAUUAAAGCCUAAUUGAGUUGUGACUCGUCAGUGGAUAGUUCUGUUACAAUCUGGAUAUUGACCUGAUUGCUCAAAUAGGUCACUGUAGGUUUGGUCGUCUGUGAGUUUUGUCACCGUGUUACUGGCUGAAAGGUGUGCUUUUUGAUCCGUUUUUUGGACUAUUUUAUCUUUGUUAUUUCCGUCGCAGAGAAUAGUUGGUUGAUAUAGUUUCAUUAAGUUUAUAAUUAUUGCUGUUUACUAUUUUCUGAUGCCCCAAUUUUUACUUUCUUAAACUUUUUUAUUUUGUAGCAACAAACAAGCGUCCUCCUGGCGUCAGGUUUUGUUUUUCUUUUUAAAUUCCUCAACUCCUUACUUAUCACCAAUAUAUCAUAACUGUUUUGUACUAGGAGAUAAUAAAUCAUAUCCGUGGAAAAUCCCAUAGUGCUACAUACGCAUCCUUCAUGUCCCCACCAGUGGCGAUGCAAAUUAUAAAGUCAAUGAAAACUAUCAUGGGAGAGGACGGGACGAAUAGAGGUAUGUAGAUCCUUCCAUGCAGUCCAGAUACUGUUUUUACAUUGACGUUCAUUCGAGUUAAAUUCUGGAUUUGAAUACAGGGCACUUAGUCUGCGAAUAAGCUCUCCAUCUGGAGAAGUCUGCCCCUAGCGGCUCGCUUCGCUUGCCAUAAAUGGAGAGCUUGCUACUGUUGCAGGCUACAGAGCACUGGAGUCGACAAUCAGCUUCAAUCGAGCCUAGUGCUAUCCCUUCUGUAGCCUGAGAAAACAGCCGACACUUCGCGACGUCACUAAGGUGGUUUUCCCGCGAAAUGAAGUCUGAGGAACGCACGCAGAAAUUCUAUAAUGAUGACGUAUCACUAACCAGGUCUGGGGAGUACAUCUGAUUGGUUGAAGAAAAAUUUCCCUUGCUGCACGACCAAUCAGAAGAACUACCCAGAUCUUGGUAGUGACACAUCAUCAGUAAAAAAUUUCUGCAGUCGUUUUAAUAAUUGUCAGACGUCAUUUUGCGGGGAAACCACCGUGGUAGCGUUGCAAAAUGUAGGCUGUUUUCCUUAAAUGUAAUUAACAUAAUUUUAAAUUCUAUCCUAAAUUAAACUGGAAGCCAGUGUAGUGAAUAUAAAACUAGAGUGGUAUGUGAAAAACUAGGUAUAUUAAAAAUUAAUGUUGCUGCAGAGUUCUGAAGGCGUUGAAGUUUUGUUAUAUGUAGGGACGAAGAUCAUAAAGAAUACUGUUACAAUAAUCGAUACGUCCUGUUAUUAAUGCAUGAACCAAUGUUCGUGUUGCUUUGGUACUUAGAUAUUUUCUUAUACGCCUGAUAUUCGUGGGAUGGUAAUACGCGGCUUUACAUGUACUAUAUUUAUUUGAACCUGUAGGCUAAGUAAAGUGUCAAUCCAAGUUCCUAAUUUUUUAACGGCGGAACCAAAGGGUACACGAGCAUCCCCAACUGUAAGACAGUCAACUUGAACCCUUGCCAAUUGCUGUCGCGUACCUAUAAUAAUAACUUCUGUCUUAUCUUCAUUAAUCUUGAGUUUAUCACACAACACCCACACUAUGAUUUCACGAACGCAGACCUCCAUUGCAGAAAUAGCUUCGUUAGUGCUCAAGGCACAGUCAGGCUUAAAGGCCAAGUAUAACUGCGUGUCGUCUGCAUAAGCAUGUACACUUGGCAAGUGUCGUUUGACCACAAAUAAUUGUUGCUAUGAACUGUUUUGUUUUUUAAACAUACUAGGUAGACAAAGGAUUACGGCCUUGGCAGAGAAUAGCAGGUAAGCUUAAAAUAUUAUGAAAAUAUGGAUACAAUUUCAUAAGCAGUUUCAAAGGUAUGAGAAAGAAGGAAGGUCCCGAAGACGCUUUUUGAGAUUAGCAAAAGUGGUGGAACUAAUAGUGGUAGAGAUAAAUAUAUGACUUUUGAUUGAGUAAAAAGAUAAAUCAAAGCUUGGUUACAAUUUCUAAAGACUAUAAAUGCUUUAUAUGAACCUCGCUCUUACACGCCGCUGUUUAACAGGUACUUUAGACAAAGAUUGAAAGACAUGGGAUUUAUCGUGUAUGGCCAUGAAGCUUCAGCAGUGGUGCCCAUUCUUCUUUACUUGCCGGCAAAAUGCGUGUAAGUGAAGUUUUAACUUUAUAGAAGAUUUAUUUUUUGUCUUAUUAAAAGGUUGCUUAAUGUCUUUCGGCACUUUUGCAUGCGUAUUCAUAAUGUGUUUUCGCAUCUAUCCCAAGUGUUGUCACUCACAAUUCAUCUAUACUCUCUCUCAGCGCCUUCUCUCGGGAAUUGUUGAAAAGAAACAUAGCUGUAGUAAUCGUUGGGUUUCCUGCCACCUCCAUAAUCGAAGCCCGGGCGAGAAUCUGUCUCUCAGCAUCACACUCGAGAGAAAUGUUAGACAGGGUAAGUUAAGGUCUCUUUGCAGGGGCGUGGCUAACUGUCCACAAGGUACGCACGUGCAUACCAAAAAAAUAUAUAAUUAUAUGGAUUAAAAAGUGAAUUGUCUGGAAAAAAGCAAAUAGAUUAAAAAGCACAACAUUCCUUAAUUCAUUUAAAUUCUGCUUGUGAUGAAAUAAUCUUUUUCUAAAACAACAGACUUUUCCUUUUAACACCCGAAUUUCGGUUUCCAGAGACGAAACGCGAGAUUUAUUAGUCAAUCGACAUAUUCAGAAAAAAAGCGGAAAAAGUGUUUACAUACAUAAAGCGUCAACGUAAGGGGAGAGGGUGUUAGAGGUAUUUGGAAAAUUGUGCGUAUCUCUGGAAAACCCUAGUUACGCCCCUUCUUUGCUAUGAAUUAUUUGUAAUUGCAGUUGUCUGCAUGACUUAGCCUAAGAGUGUGUACUAUAGAUGUGAUGUCCUUUUGGUUUGUUGAGUUGUCUAAAGAUUAACCGGUUGUUUUUUAGGCGCUGAAGGCCAUCGAUGAAGUGGGUGACAUACUCAAGGUGAAGUAUUCACGGAGGACACCCACAACACCUCAAUGAAGCUGACGUGACAGUUCUCAAAUACAUUUAGUUUUUUAAAUUGGGCGAAGCUGGGUAUCGAAUUUAAUUUAGUGACUAAAAGUUCGUUUUAUGUAUCUAAAAGGAAUAGUGCGUUUUC